CUGCGCAGACUCACUACCGACGCUCGGCUGUGCCGGAAGUCGGUGCUGGGAGGGAGAGAGAGAGAGGCAGGCCGGCUUUUGCCUUGCGGGCGGCGAGGCUUCCUGGCGGACAAGCGAGAGUCGGGGGAAGCGUCGCUGCUUCCUCGCCCUUUACGCCCGGCGAGGCCCCGGCUUCCCCCUUCCGCCGCUGGGGAAGAUGCUGCCUUUGUCCGUCAAGGACGACGAGUACAAGCCUCCCAAGCUCCAUUUGCUCCGAAAGGUCUCGGGAUGGUUCAGGUCGAUCCUCUCGGACAAGACGUCGCGCAACCUCUUCUUCUUCCUCUGCCUCAACCUCUCCUUCGCCUUCGUGGAGCUGCUCUACGGCAUCUGGAGCAACAGUCUAGGUUUAAUAUCGGAUUCAUUUCACAUUUUUGAUUGUACUGCUCUGUUAGCCGGACUGGCAGCUUCAGUCAUUUCAAAGUGGAGAUCUAAUGAUGCUUUUUCCUACGGGUACGUUCGAGCAGAAGUAUUAGCUGGUUUUGUAAACGGUCUAUUUUUGAUCUUCACUGCUUUCUAUUUCUCUGAAGGGGUUGAGAGAGCGCUUGAGCCUCCUGAUGUGCAUCACGAAAGACUACUUCCUGUUUCCAUACUUGGCUUCCUUGUAAACCUGAUAGGAAUCUUUGUGUUUCAACAUGGUGGACACGGCCAUUCCCAUGGUUCUGGACAUGAACAUAGCCAUUCACUGUUUAAUGGGGGUCUCAACCACGGUCAUGGAGGACAUGGCCACAGUCACGAUUCCAAGCAUGAACAUGGACAUAACCACUCCCAUGGGCACGAGCAUGGACAUUCUCACGAUUAUUGCCAUGAUGAUCAACCCAUUGAGAUGGCUGGAGGAUCCAGCAAACAGAUUUUAGAAGGUGUAUUUUUGCACAUUGUUGCUGAUACCCUUGGAAGUAUUGGUGUAAUCAUAUCUGCAUUAUUGAUGCAGAAUUAUGGUUUGAUGAUUGCUGACCCAAUCUGCUCGAUGCUUAUAGCUCUGCUUAUUGGUGUAAGUGUUGUUCCACUCCUGAGAGAAUCCAUUGGAAUUUUGAUGCAGCGAACGCCUCCUUCUCUAGAAAGUGCUUUGCCUCAAUGCUAUCAGCGGGUUCAACAAUUGCAAGGAGUUUACAAUUUGCACGAUCCUCAUUUCUGGACUCUCUGUACUGAUGUUUACAUAGGGACUUUGAAACUAUUUGUAGCUCCAGAUGCUGAUGCAAAGUGGAUAUUAAGCCAAACUCACAACAUUUUUACUCAGGCUGGAGUGAGGCAACUGUAUGUACAGAUCGACUUUGCCACGAUGUAGCGAGCCUCUUUAUCUCCUCCUCCUCGGACCAAAGCUUUCCAGUACUGUCAUUUUUAAGACUUAGUUCUUCCUUUGGAAAUUGAAACUCCUGGUCUCUCCAUUCCCCAGCAAAAUCUCUUGCCAGUCCGAUUAGCAGAAGAGAAAUGAAAGGGGGGGGGGGAUUGACUUGGAAUUAAUCUGGGAAUGACUUUCAAGACCCCAAAACUUUGCGGAUCCUUUGCCAAGUUCGUCCCUGCCUACAGCAGACUUACCGAUACAGAUUUGAGGUUGCAAUCGUUGACUGUGCUUUCUCUAAAGCUGUGGCAGAGACGUCUCAUUCCCACAGAACCGGUAUUAUUUGCAGAGAGGGAGA